CCGGUAGCUUAUUGUCAGUGACAGUUUGUGAAUUCGGAAAACAUUUAAUAUGUCGGUAUAAAAUCGAAGCGCUUCGCAAUUUAAUUUUUUACUUGUAAGGAUCCAAUGGAAAUGGCAUCAGCCCGUAAAUUAUUGCGGACUUUUUGGAUAUUUUUUUAUGUUGUGUAUAAUGUGUGUGCUACAAACAAUACAGCGGAACCAUGGAUAGUGUCGUUUAGAAUAGGCGCAAAAUCGUGUACGGAUUAUAAAUGUAAAUAUUUAUUAUUGGUGCAUGGUGGCGAGUUUCUUGGUCAUAAACCCUGGAGAUUAACCCCCAACGAAGGUUCUAGAGGGGGUAAUUGUGAAAAAAUAUAUUCAAGUUACGAACUACGGGAAAUUAAAACUCUUGCGUGGUAUUCAGAAAUAGAAGUGCUUGUGCCUAGAAAAAACGAAAAAAUCUACUUUUGUCUUCGAUAUAACGAUGGAAAAAAUAAUCCGUUUGGUGAGAAAUGGGUUCAUCAAGGCAAGGAAUUAUUUUUGAAUCCCGAGAGCGAUGGAAUCCUUUUAGAAACUACAAAAUUAAAUGUCCUUCCCGAGUCCAACGACAUACCAACUAAUCAAGAAACAAAAGCAAUUGAUCUAACGCAUGAUACUGAUGUAAAUUAUCUUCCAAACAUCGCAAAUCUCUCUGAAGAAGAAAGAAGAGAUAUUGAAAUACGUUCAAGAGAUAGAUAUAUACCAUUAAAAGAAAGUAAUGAUGUUGGAAAGAGUACCAAAGAGCCUAAAGAAUUUGUACCUAAUGUAGAAAGUGAAGCUAGAUUAAACAAAAUUAAAGAGAAUUUAAAUAAAGUUGAAAAUGAAUUUCAGAAUUUUAGAGGCGAUAGAAAAACACGAGAUACUUUUUAUAAAAUAGAUAAUAUACAAGAAUCCAUAGAGAAUAGGGUUAAAAGACAAAUAAUGUCGCAAAUGGCUGAUUUCUCGUCUGUGAAGAGAGUGGAGCCGAUAGUAUUUUUAGAUGGUAUACGUGUGGAGGAAGCUGAGAAGGAUCCGAAGAUUUUGGAUGAUGGGGUGCCCAGUGUGUUGGCUGAAACAAAGGUUACAUUGCGUCUCUUCGGCCAAGGCCUGACGCCCAGAACGGUGAUAGCUUUCACUCAUGAUGCCCUGGAGUAUGGACAACCUUGUAAAUUUCUUCUCAAAGGAGAGUAUGUGGCAAAAGAAGACUCUGUCACACCGACAUCAGCGCUCUUCGAAUUCUGGGCUCCAUCACCAAUUAUAAGCUCGAAACUCUACAUCUGCACCAAAAACCUUAAACCGGGCAUCCUACCCUCAGAAGACGAAGAGAAAUACCUUCAUCAGGGCACAGAGAGUUGGAAGAUUUUGGCCACACAUAAUAAGCUGAUGCCGCUGUGGGUAGCUUUGAUAUUAAUUCUGGCCUGUCUGACGUUUUCUGCGCUAUUCUCUGGUCUGAAUUUGGGUCUGAUGUCACUGGAUCGGACGGAGUUGAAGAUUAUUUCUAAUACAGGUACGGAUCAGGAAAGGAAGUACGCACGUGCGAUAAUGCCAGUACGUGAUCAUGGAAACUAUCUCCUAUGCAGUAUUCUACUGGGGAACGUGGCUGUCAAUUCUACAUUCACGAUAUUAUUGGACGAGUUGACCUCUGGAUUGUUCGCGGUGAUAUUUUCGACAUUGUCGAUCGUUUUGCUUGGUGAGAUAACGCCUCAAGCGAUAUGCUCCCGACAUGGGCUGAUGAUUGGUGCACGGAGUAUUAUGGUCACUAAGGCGGUUAUGGCGCUUACAGCUCCCCUGGCAUUCCCCGUCAGUAAAUUACUGGAUUAUUUUCUUGGUGAAGAAAUUGGGAGUGUUUAUAAUAGAGAGAGAUUGAAGGAGCUGGUGAAGGUAACAACGGAUGUAAACGACUUGGACAAAGAUGAGGUGAAUAUCAUAUCUGGUGCGCUGGAGUUACGAAAGAAGACCGUGUCGAGUGUGAUGACGAAAAUGGAGGAUGUCUUCAUGCUGCCGAUCACUUCUAUAUUGGACUUUGAAACUAUGUCCGAGAUUAUUAAGUCUGGCUACUCCCGUAUCCCGGUAUAUGAAGGUCAUCGCGGUAACAUAGUGACGGUACUCUUCAUCAAGGACCUGGCCUUCGUGGAUCCUGAUGAUAACACGCCAUUGCGGACCCUCUGCCAGUACUACCAGAACUCAUGCAAUUUCGUCUUCGAAGAUGUCACACUGGAUAUAAUGUUCAAGCAGUUUAAGGAAGGACACAAGGGUCACAUGGCGUUUGUACACCGGAUUAACAAUGAAGGAGAGGGUGAUCCAUUUUAUGAGACCAUUGGUUUGGUUACACUCGAGGAUGUCAUAGAAGAGAUGAUACAAUCCGAAAUUGUUGAUGAGACUGAUGUGUUUCUGGACAAUCGAUCAAAGCGUCGUCGAAACAAACCCCAGCACAAGUUGCAGGACUUCGCGGCGUUCGCGGAGAGACACGAUCAUCGGAGGAUACAUAUAUCACCACAGCUUACUUUGGCCACCUUCCAGUUCCUCAGCACUAGUGUGGACGCUUUCCGGCCUGAUACAGUCUCUGAAACGGUUUUAAGAAGACUUCUGAAGCAAGAUGUGAUACAGCAUAUUAAAGUGAAAGGCAAGACAAAGAAAGAUUCGUCGACAUACGUCUUUCAACAAGGAAAACCGGUGGAUUACUUCGUGCUGAUCCUGGAAGGUCGCGUAGAGGUGACUGUGGGCCGAGAGAACUUGGUCUUCGAAGCUGGUCCCUUCACCUACUUCGGGGUUCAGGCGCUUACGCAGAAUGUUGGUGUUGCGGAAUCCCCGACGCCAUCAGCCAUGGGCUCCCUUCAGAAUAUAAAUAUGGACUCCAUGCUGCGUCACACCUUCGUCCCGGAUUACUCCGUUCGCGCGAUCACGGAGUUGUACUACCUGACUGUUAAACGGAGUCUUUAUCUGGCAGCUAAACGCGCUACCCUCAUGGAAAAAGGUGCUUUAUCCAAGGGCGCAACCAAUGAACAAUUUGAUACAGAAGUUGAUAAAUUGCUGCAGUCUGUGGAUGAAGAUAUUAGUAUCAGUGGUGAACACAGAACUCCGUCUAGACAGAUAUCACCAAAUCCGCCUAACCAUAGCCGGUCAUCAUUUAGCCGUUCAUCACCAGAGCGAAAUGGUGAUGUAUUCGCAGCGAGAGAUGAACAAGAGAAAUUACUUAAAUAAAACCUGAUUAUUUAGUUUUUGGAAGCGCUGGGAAUAUUUUACGAUGUUGUACAAUAAUUAUGAAAUUCUAUUUCUUCAGCCAAUCAGUGUAACUGCCAGAGCGGCCAUUUUGAAUUUAUGGUUUAAAUUAUAUCUAGAAUAAUAUAGCUUUUUUAGACAGUGCGUACUUAUAUCUAGAAACUCGUAUUAAAAAACUGUGAUCUUUACAGAAAUAUAUAAUAUAUAUGUA